GUGUGAGAGGACGAGUAUCACUUAUUAAUAUCACAAUCUUGAGAAAUACAUAAUAUGACUGAUAUAACUUGAUAAGACGAAUGUCUUCCUUGAUAAGAAAAAAAUUCUUGGUCUAUUCAAGUUCCAUAAUAGAUUUCACAACCAGCGUAACAGAGUCUCACUCUCUCGCAAUAUUAUAAUUAGUUAGUAGGGUGAUAAAAACUUGAAAACUUUCCUGGACACAUUUUUUAUUGCGUGUUUGACCAUGUCUUUAUAGAAAUGCAGUUUUUUUCUUAAUCAUUUUAGUGGUGACACAUUCAUUCAUUUUUCUGACAUUCUUGCGAGUGAGCGAGUAAAUUUUAGUGCUUAAUUUGGUAACACUGAUCUACAUUCAGCAUUGACUUUGUGACACUCAUUUCGUUAAGUACAUAUUUAUUUAUUUCCUGAUCUUGGGAUUUAAUCGAUGGUUGUGCAUGUAGAAAUCUAGUGAGUCAUAUCAUUAUAUUAAAUCGUGCUGAGCUUGUCGUAUGGAAAAGUCUUUGAUUACAUUGAUCACAUAGAUGGCAAAAAAGCUCACUCAAGUUCACUCCUCAUGUCGUUAUCAUUGAGCAUGAAAGAUCUUUAGCUUUUAUUAGAAAAAUGUAAGCGUGGCGUUUACGGUUUAAUUCAAUCAGUUUUAUUUAACCAUGCACUUGCAUAAAAUGCAGAGCAUAAGUAUAAUUUAAUUGUGAACGAAAUACUCUCACUAAUCCUAUAAUCACCGACUUAUCAGCUGAAUUUGCAUAUAAAUUUUUAAGCGGAUUAGUUCAACAGAAAAUAUUAUUGGUGCUCUAAGUAAAACCGAUUUAUCAUGAGUCGGGGAAAGGAAGAAGCGGAGCCACUUCUGCUGCAGGCAGAUAGUUCUCAUGAAGCAGGAACUUCUCAGGAUUCAGAAACGGAGGGUCCGUACAAAGGUGGAGCAAAGACAUCGGCCAUUACGCUUCAGAGACCGGUCGGGUGUCGGGAGUAUGCCAUCACUGGUGACUAUGACCCCCUUUCUGAGCGGGAUGUUGACCACCCAACCUCAAACUGUGACACUAUGAUUCACUUGCUAAAAGGCAACAUUGGAACGGGAAUUUUAGCGAUGCCGGAUGCUUUUAAGAACGCAGGGUUGACAGUAGGAACACUUGGAACAGUUUUUAUCGGCAUCAUUUGCGUUCAUACGAUGCACAUUCUAGUAGCUUGUGCUCAUGAUUUAUGCAGACGGACACAAACCCCGGCAUUGAGUUUUGCGGAAGUUGCUGAACAGUCAUUUCGAGUUGGACCACCUCGGUUAAGGCGGUUUGCUCCGUAUGCAAGAAUUCUGAUCAAUUGUUUCCUCUGCGUGACACAGUUGGGAUUUUGCUGCGUGUACUUUGUGUUCGUAGCAGAAAAUUUGUUCAAGGUCUUGAAUCCACUCUUGGGGCUGGAUUGGACUUUCAGGGAUUACAUGAUAUUUUUGCUGAUUCCAAUGAUUCUAUUGAACUACAUCAAGAACUUAAAGUAUUUGGCACCAUUCUCGAUGAUUGCCAAUAUCUUCAUGGGAGUUGGGCUAGCGAUCAUAUUUUACUACAUUUUUCGCGACCCUCUGCCACCCAUGAACAGAACGGGUAUCAAUGUCGGAUUUUCUUCUUGGAAGCAACUUCCGCUCUACUUUGGCACUGCCAUUUACGCGUUCGAAGGAAUUGGAAUGGUACUUCCUCUGGAAAAUAAAAUGAAGAAUCCACAAGACUUUGGGGGCUGGACAGGAGUCUUGAAUACGAGUAUGGUCAUUGUUGGUUGCCUCUAUACGGCUGUGGGAUUCUUUGGCUAUUUGAAAUAUGGAGAAACUGUAAAGGGCAGCAUUACAUUAAAUCUCACGGAUGGUGAAGUACUGGCUGAAUCUGUGCGAUUGAUGAUGGCCCUCUCCAUAUUUCUCUCUUAUGCACUCCAGUUUUAUGUUCCAAUAGAUAUAAUUUGGCCACAUCUAAAGUCUCGCAUUCCUACGGAGAAGAUGCAAUUGAUCUCGGAAUAUGCUUUCCGUACUUUUCUAGUCAUCCUCACGUUCAUUUUGGCCGAAAUGAUCCCGCAUCUUGGACUAUUUAUAUCACUAGUGGGGGCUGUCAGCAGUUCUACACUAGCCUUAAUUUUCCCUCCUAUCAUUAAUCUUUUGACGAAUUGGAAUGCUGGUUAUGGAAGAUACCGCUGGUCUCUGGUGAAGGAUUUUAUGCUAAUCAUCUUUGGUACUGUUGGGUGCAUCGCUGGGACUUAUGUCAGUAUGGAACAUAUAAUUAUGGGUAGUUCAGAUGAAGGAAAAUAAUAUUGUUAAUAUUCGACUGUGAAAUGAUUCUACACAUCAAAUCAUGUAAUUAUUGAGAUUUCUGUGGCCAAUUAUAAAAUACAUACUUAAAUUUAUUAUGUCUAUAUCAAACUCUCUGCAAUUUCUAUGUAUAUCUAUCUAUUUCUUAGUAUGGAAAUAUUGAGAUUUAUAUUAUAUCUUCCAAUUAUAUUUAAAAGUCAAACAACCUAAAUGAUCACUCUUUACGGGAAAAUUUGUGAUUUAAUCAGUAUCAUGAGAUCUGCUUCUUCAAGUCAUUAUACAUAUAAUUUUUUAUUACUACUAUAUUUUGUGGCUUUUGCCCAUUGAACAAGCAGAAAAUAUUUAUACUUGAACAGAAUUGUUCGAAUAUUUAUUAUGUUAUAUACUUACUUUGUCAAUGACUUGGUUAUUAUAAGCGCAAUUAUUUUGUUAAUUCAUAUCCGCCUUCGACAGUAGUAAAAAAAAUAUAAUCGUAGAAUUUAUGGUGCAACAUAUUAUUCUUGCCUACGAAAAACCUCUCUGACUUAUCGUGGUGCGUACGCGUACAAUUUAUAAAUACUUAUAUAUAGCUGUACUAGACCUCAAAUUAUUAUACAGAAUUAUUCCGUCUUCAUUAUUCCCUAUUCCGUCAAUUCAAAUAAUUUUUUGAUUCGUUUAAUCAGAGUCAUAAACAAAUUUGCAAAUCUGUAAAUUAUAGUGUAAUUGUAUCUUCUUUAAAAUUUGACUUUAAAACGGGACACAAUGAAGUCUGCAUGUGUGAUGUUUAAUAUUAACAAUCUUAAGAAAAAUAUGAAUGUGCUGUAGAAAUAAAUAAAUCUUCGAGAGUAUAAUUCCAAAAGCAAUUGAAAAAAUAA